AAAUGGAAAUAAGUACACCCAAGUUGACGUGUGUUUGCCUUACUGAUAUGAUACUCGGACGCUGUAACGUUUUAUCAUGAUAUAGUUUCAUAAUCGGGCAUAUAUGUAGGUUUUUCACCAAUAGCAUUCAUUUCAGCUGUUCAAAUUACUUUCCCUCCAUAUGCGGUGAUAAGAUUACACGAGGCUAUACAAGUAGAAUUUGUGUUGUUUUCUAAGUCAUCGCUGGACAAUCUACAUGUGGUACAGCCGUUGAGAUUCCUCUCAUCAAACUAGCACCAUGAGAGUCGCAGUGUUUCUUGUCAGCCUCUCCCUGGCUUUAGGGUUUUCAUCAAGCCAUCUUAUCGAUUCCCGGAGUCUGAUCGUCGGGGGAGUGGAGGCCCCGUUGGAAAGUCGCCCGUACCAGGUAUCAAUUCUUGGCAGUAACGAUGGUGAAGAUCAAUUCUGUGGUGGUACCCUUGUUCACCCACAGUGGGUAUUGUCGGCAGCUCACUGUGUUGGUCCAGUUGAUGUGUGGGUAGGUGUUGGCUUCCACGAUCUACGCGACACGGCGGCAGAUGGCGCUACUAUCAUCAAAGGCAAAUGGAUAAAGCAUGACAAAUUUGACCCCGCGACAAUAGACAGCGAUAUCGCACUCAUCAAAUUGGAUAACGCUGUGGUGCUCUCCAACCAGGUGCAGACUAUUCCUAUCGUGAGUGCUAACAGUGAUGUUGCGUCGGGAACCAGUCUGUUGGUCAGCGGCUGGGGAAGAGUUAAAGAUGGUGGCGACUUAUCCAAGGUUCUACGACAAGUUGUUGUAAAGGGCGUAAGCAGAAGUACUUGCAAGAAUAGUUAUGCGACCGAUGGCUUUCCGAUUAAUACUAACAUGUUCUGUGCCAAAGCUCCUGGUAAAGAUAGCUGCACGCAAGAUAGCGGUGGCCCCAUCGUGACUGGUUUUGACGAGAAUAUGCACGUAAAUGGUGUAACAUUAACAGGGAUCGUAAGCUGGGGUAUAGGAUGUGCAGACCCCGCCUACCCAGGCGUCUACACACGUAUAUCACAGUACUGUGAUUGGAUAGAUAACAAGACAUCAGGUGACGUCACUUGCUCCUAAAACAAUUGACCGUUUUUUCUUUUAAUAAGUCGUCCAGGCCCUUUUUGAAGACAACUGCGGC